UCCCGAUCUCGAUCUGACAAAUGCAGGCGGGCUGGAGGACCGCGGAAGAGGAGUGCUGCGAAGGCAUUCGCCGGGCGACAGUUAUAUGAGAGGGUCUGUCCGCUCCAGUGCAUCGUGACGGCUGGUUGAGUCUUUGGUAGAAUCUUCUGUUAAAAAAUUGCUAACAUUCCACCACAGCCACAUCAUGAAGCUUGUGCUGUCUACGUCAAACAUUGUCAGCGGCGGGCCAUCUGUUGUCCGCCGUAUUACAUCCGCGAAAUCGAAUGUCGAGCUGUUAAAUUCGCUCCGGUACAACUUCGUCGCAGCCCAGCAGAUCGAGCCCGCCCAUACAAACGAAAGCCUCCAUGGGACGCAUUCGCCUCCUCGGAAACUCGCCUACAGUGACUACAUCACGUGGACCUCCAAAGAUGCUGAUACCCUCUACGUUCCGGCCAUCGAUUUCUCAACGUCUGGCUUGACAGAGGACCGCUCUCAGUAUGAUAUCACGGUGAAGCUGUUCUAUUUGCCAGGGAUACCGGCCUCGAGGAGGUGCGAACACACUUGUGCCGCCAUCCAUCUCGUUCUGAAGGAGCUACACGUCGGUUCUAUAGAUCUCCUCAUCGUUUCGUUUCCCGGAAUCGCGUUUGACGCAGAUGACGAAGAAGAGGAAGUGGUCAAUGGCGAUGCGGAGUCGGAGUUCAACAAUAUGGUGCAGACGUGGCGAACAUUGGAAUCGCUUCACGAAAAGGGGAUGAUUGCGCAACUUGGACUGGCAGAAUUUGAUAAGGACCGGCUGGAGAAAUUUCUUCCGUAUACCAAGAUACGACCCUCCGUGGACCAAAUAAACGUUAAAGAUUGCUGUGUUGUACCAAAGGAUUUGAUAUUAUACGCGAAGGAGGAAAAUAUUGAGCUUCUAACGCACAACGAUUGCACUGAUAUCCUUCCCAGAGGUACAACGCGAGAUCUACUAUCGCGCGCAGAAAAUGGCGCAGGCAUCUUGGCAGUAGCCGCAGAUGCCGACGAUGGUGGUAUCAAAGGGGAUAUUGAACCACAGUGGGUGGUAAAGUACACGGCAGUGGUCAAAGACCGCGGAGUAAUUGAAAACAAGGGCUAUUUUGCUCUUGCUGAAGUCGGAACAUGUAUGCGUACUUCUUCAUAGCCACAAAAUGGCCACUCACGGCAUUGUAUAAUUCCAGUGCUGCACCAGUAUUAAAAAUAAUAAGCUGAUGCUUAUUCACAUUUGUCACAGCUUUUUCGUCUCUAUUCAAGAUUUCUUUUCCGUAUGUCAUUCCGGCAUAAAAGGCGAGAGGUUUCAAUAACAAGUCUUAAGUCCCCGGGAGUUAUCCGACCAUACUUCGUUUUCGGCCUCUCAUCCGAACCUUUUUCAGUGUUUCGAGCACCGAACUUGCACCUUUAAAGCUUUCUCGGUAAGCCUUGAGGACUUCGUCGAAGAAAAUCUCUGUUCUGGGAUGCGAACUUCCGAAGGCUCGCUCAAGCACGUAAAGAUCCACCGCUCGGUCCUCGUCUUGUACGCUUUGACUCGCCAGACCAAAGUCGAUAAGAACAAUUUCUCCUUCCAAAUUGGGUUUCAAGGUCGUUGAAUGCGGAUCUAUGUUGGUAGUGUUUUCGUUGGAUUGACCCCUCAAAAUGAGGUUGCUCGUCGUCAAAUCUCCGUGAAUAACGCCUGCUUUAUGCAGGGCGCCAAUGACACGUCCAAUUCUUCGUAAUAGUGAACGAAUAUCUUCUUCGGCAGAGCGUUCAAAAUUUUCAUUCAUUCCAGAAUUAUUCCCCUUAGUAGCGCUUUCACAAUGCUUCAUCCAUUUUUCCCAGUGAUUUACAACUUGUCUGACGGCAGGGCCUUCGAUCCACUCCAUCAGCAACCAUGCACCUCCGUUCCCGGUUUCAUCUUCCCCCUGACCCGUAUUCCAGUCAACAGACAAGACCCCCGGUACCGGUAUGCCCUCUUUCAAGAGCUUAACCAAACAUCUUGCUUCCUGGAGAACGCGUUGGCGCGUGAGUCUUCGAUCAAGAAUCGGAUGCCGAUAGGGCUUCGAAGGGCGAAAUUUCAACGCUGCCGGAAAUGAAGGAUUGAGGAAAUCGGUUUUAUACAGGCGAGCCUCAGCACCUUGAGCCAGAAGGACGGGCGGAGUUUUGUUUGACGUGAAAGGCGGGGGUAGAGGAGGGGGCGUGAACUCUUCUGUCAUGGUUGGUAUCGGAGUGACGUGAGCGCCGGUGCUGCUAAUUGCGUGGCUUGCCUCCCUGGUAGCGUAAGCAAUGCAAAUUUAUCCUCGGUGAACAAGCCUGGC